AUGCGUGAGGCCAUGGCAGCGGCGGUUGUCGGCGACGAUGUGUGGGGCGACGACCCAACGGUGGUGGAGCUCGAGUCGAUGGCAAGCGAUGUGCUGGGCAAGGAGGCUGCGCUGUACUUUCCCUCGGGCACCAUGGCCAACUUGACGGCUGUUAUGGUUCAUUGCAAGGAGCGGAUGUCCGAAAUCAUCAUGGGCGACGAGUGCCAUGUCCACAUCUACGAGAACGGCGGCUAUGCGGCUGUCGCCAACACGCCCAUCAGGAUCGUGCCCACCUCGGACGAUGGCACUCUGCCGCUGGAUGCUAUCGAAGCCCUCGUCCGCCCGGUCAACGAUCACUUUCCCACCUCGCGCUUGCUGCUGCUGGAGAACACCCACAACCGCAAAGGCGGUCGUGUCCUGCCCAAGCAGUACAUGGACGACGCCUGCGUCCUCGCCUCCAAGCACAACCUCAAGGUCCAUCUCGACGGCGCCCGCCUCGCCAACGCCGCUGUCGCGCUCGGCACAACCAUCGCAGAUCUGGCUGCUCCCGUCGACUCGGUCUCGCUCUGCCUCUCCAAGGGCCUUGGCGCCCCGGUCGGCUCUGUUCUCGCCGGCUCGGUCGAGUUUAUCGCCACCGCACGCCGGGUCCGCAAGAUGCUUGGCGGUGGGAUGCGCCAGGUCGGUGUCCUUGCUGCCGCUGGCCUCCUCGCUCUCGACAAUGUCGAUCGCCUCCAGGACGACCACGCCAACGCUGCCGUUCUCGCCGCCGGCCUCGACAAGCUCCCGGGCAUCGACGUCGACGUAGUCGAGACCAACAUCGUGUUCUUCACCCUCGACGCUGCCGCCUUUGGCGCCACUGCAGAGGCCAUCGUCGAUACACUCCGCGACGACUACGGCAUCCUCAUUGCAGGCGGCGGGUCCCGAGUUCGGCUCGUCACCCACCUCGACGUCUCGGCCGACGACGUGGCCAAGGUCAUCGACGCCUUUGGUGCCGUCCACGCCGCAGCGCACGCCAGCGUCUGACCUCCGCUCACACCACAUGAAAGUAGUCG